GCAGCACUUUGCUUUGCUCAGGGUGACUGAAGAGCAGUUGGAGUAUGGUUAGUACAGGGAAGUGUAUGCAGUGAACCUGUGAGCCCCUAACCCACAGACAUGGACCCUUUCCCUGAGGUUCCCUUUACAGAUGAUGGUCUUACAAUGAAAAGUACAGUCAUGAAAACAAUAUUAGUUUUCUGGAUGCAGAGUCAGACUGACAGCCCUGCAGCAGGGUUCUCCUCCACUGCCUUUUCCUACAGAGCCUUCUCGAGAUCCUGACACACACGUCUACACUAAGUUCUUCAUGAGCCACUGCUGCUAUGAUGCCAUACCAACCAGCUCUAAACUGGUCAUCUUUGAUACAACACUGCAGGUGAAGAAGGCAUUCUUUGCAUUAGUCGCUAAUGGAGUUCGAGCUGCACCUUUAUGGGACAACAAGCAGCAGUGUUUUGUAGGGAUGCUUACUAUAACAGAUUUCAUUAACAUUCUUCACCGAUAUUACAAAUCACCCAUGGUUCAGAUCUAUGAAUUAGAAGAGCAUAAGAUUGAAACCUGGCGAGAGGUCUACCUUCAGUACUCUGUCAACUCUCUGAUCAGCAUCACCCCUGAAUCCAGCCUCUUUGAUGCUAUUUACUCCUUACUGAAGAACAAGAUUCACAGGCUGCCUGUUAUCGAUCCGGAAUCAGGAAAUGUUCUGCACAUACUGACCCACAAACGCAUCCUGAAAUUUCUGCACAUCUUUGGUUCCAUGAUCCCAAAGCCUCGAUUCUUACAGAAGCGAAUUCAGGAUGUUGAAAUUGGAACAUUCAAGAGGAUUGCCACAGUCCAGGAGACUGCAACAGUUUAUGAGGCAUUAUCAGUAUUUGUUGAACGCAGAGUAUCAGCCCUGCCUGUUGUGAAUGAACAAGGAAAGGUGGUGGCCCUGUACUCCCGUUUUGAUGUCAUUAACCUGGCUGCUCAGAAAAAUUACAAUAACCUGAAUAUGACAAUGCGAGAAGUGAUUGAGGGCCGCUCAUGCUGCAUUGAAGGAGUGCUGAAGUGUUAUCCACAUGAAACCCUGGAGACCAUCAUUGAUCGCAUAGCUGAAGCAGAGGUUCAUCGUCUAGUUCUGGUAGACGAACAGGAUAUGGUGAGGGGAAUCGUCUCGCUGUCUGACUUGCUGCAGGCAUUGGUUUUAACACCUGCAGCCAACUCUGGUGCUUCUCGUCUGCUGCGCCUGUAAAUACUUCUUCACCCGAUCUGGGCAACAUUAGGCUUCUGCUGGACCAUGGGGAAUGACAUGCACAUCUGAUCUUAUUCUGACCUGAUCUAAACUGGUAGCCUAGAACGAUUACUACUAUAUCAGAGACCACUUUGCUGGACAAGGUUUCUCUGUGCCAAUAAAGGAUGUCAGAGUAUGAGUGCUCCUCUGAGUUCGACUGUAUAAUUUUGGUUGCUGAUGGCGUUCUAUUUUCCAAAGAAUUCUUGCAAAACAGUCUUUAAGGAAAAAGAAAAGUUUAUGGCCUAGUACACACUAACAUGGGUAAAUCUGAAAUUGCAUCUUUUCCUAUCUCAAACCUGAGCCUGGUCUGUGCAUGUUCUUCCUGUGUCUGUGUGGGUUUUCUUCAUUCUCCAGCUUCCUCCCACCUCCCAUGUCAGGUAGAUGUAUUGGCUCAGAUAAAUUGCCCCUUAGCAUAAAGGAGAGAGUGAUUGUAUGUGUGCAUGGGGCAGUGUGAUGGACUGGCAUCGUAUCCAGGGUGUAUUCCUGCCUCACCCAGUUUUUCCAGGUUAGGCUCUAAAUCCACUGAAACUGCUACCCUGACCGCUUUCCAGUGGACCAGUGGUUUCCAUUUUCCCUUUCCAUCCACAUUAAAACUGUGUUUUCAAACUCUGAAAAUUGAAUCCACUCUCCAGAGUGAAUAAAUCUAAAAAUGCAGUUAUUGUGUGUGUAGUGUGGAUAAGUGAAAUGUACAUGGCAUAGAUGACAAUUCCAAGAUGGUGGAACUUACUGCUGUUUUCUGUAUUAUGUAUUUUAAUUUCAUGUUUAACUACUUUGCAUACAAGUAUACAAGCAAUGCGGUGGCGUGAAAGAAAGCAUGUUUUAUGUUCAUGUUUUCAAAAACAAAAAAGCAAAAUGGUUAAAUGAAGAUGAUAAAAAUGACAUGGGGGGGGGGGCUACAUGUCAGUGUGUGUGUAUAUGUAUGUAUGUAUGUGUGUGUGUGUGUGUGUGUGUGUGUGUGUGUAAUAUAUAUAUAUAUUACAUAUAUAUCACAAAUGAUGAAGCAUAAAUUAUUUUAUUUUUACUUGUGUAUAUGUGUAUAGUUUUGCUAAUAAAUGUUUAAGAAACUAGUGUAUUUUUAUGAAAGGUUUGGAGAAAUAUAACACUGUUGUGCACUUUACUUGUGUAAUGAUUGGAACUCACCACUUGCAUAAAUUAUUUGCAUAAUUUUGAGUACACUAUUAGAUUCUCUACAUGCAUAUUGUGUCAGAUGGAAAGCAUUUUCAGCAUUGUGACUAGUUACAUAUUUACAAACUGGACUAAAAGAUGAUUCUAAGUUACAGAUUGUACAUAAUCAUUGCUUUUGUGUACAGAAAGUAUGUCAGAUUUCCAUGUCCCUAUGUACCUGCUUAAAUAUAAAACAAUUGAAGUCUAAUGUAUGACCAAUCAUGUUUUUCACCUUUUCUAAGUGACUACAGUAAACAAAAGUAUAAUUAAUAAACCAAGCCAUGUUUCCUAUGGUCA